AUGGCCAUCAGCGACGUCCUUGGUGAAAUCAACCAGAAUCUUGGGCGGGGGAAGGAGUGGUUCCAGCGGCAGUCGCGGACACGCCAAGUAGCGCUUGUCGCUGCUAUUGUCGUCGUGGCUAUCGCUGGCGUCCUUGCUAUCAUUUUCCAUAAACGGCUCGUCCACUUCCUCCGCGAUGUCGCCGUGUGGUGGCAGGACUUCAAGUGGGGUAAAGUGGUAUUGUGGAUACUCGUAUUUUUUGUCGGGUUCCCUCCAUUGAUUGGCUACCUGGCGUUGCUGGUGUUAUGCGGCAUGGUGUAUGGGUUUCCAUGGGGGUGGCCGCUCUUGGCGUCGGCCCUGAUCAUGGGAUCGUUCGCCCUGUUUUUGCUCUUCCGCUAUAUCCUUCAUAACCAAGCGGUGUACCUUGCCAGCCACAAUGAGAAGUUCCGGGCGUUCUCGGAGAUUUUGCACGAGAACAACUCUUUAUGGCUCUUGACGCUCAUCCGCUUGUGCCCCUUACCUUAUUCGCUUUCCAAUGGUGCGCUUCUGGCAAUUCCUGAGUUGUCGCCUGUGACAUUUUUGUUAGCUCUGACAAUUACGUCGCCGAAGCUUUUGAUCCAUCUUUUCGUAGGAUCAAAGCUCAAAGACUUGGGCGAUGAUUCCAAGCUGGGCCUGACUAAACUUGUCGACAUUUUAAGUAUUGUCAUCACCAUCGCAGCAGCGGCGCUUACCACCUAUGUCAUUUACUCGAAAAUGAAGCAGAAGCUUACCCAAUAUGAGCGUAACGGCGACAACUACGAUAACAUGAUCUUUGGAAACUUUGAUGAAGAACUGAAUAUCGAGCUUCAUCUGAAUGACUACGACGCCGACAAUUUUGUCAUCGACGAGGAUGAUAUUGAGGCCCGUCGGAGUGAGCAGCGAGAACGUCACGAUAUUGAAGAUUUUGAGAUAAGUGAUGACGAAGACAUUCGAUUGUAA